GUGGGAAAAAAUCAAUAUAAUUAUUAGAAGAAGAACAAGCAUAUAACAAAGAUUUUACUGUAAAUAUGAGUAUUUUUCGUUUAAUGUGUUUGAAUAGAAUAAAAGAGCUCAAAAAAGAUGCAACAGAGAAAUCAAUUUUAAUUAUUAAUACGAACUAUGUGGAAGACAACAUCCAUUAAGUUUACAGUACUUGCGCCGUUAAUGAUGACACCAAAAUAUGUACUUUAAGCAAAAUAAAUGAGCAACGUAUCAGAAAUUUCAUGGGAACAAAAAGAAAAGUAGAAAUCAAAAAUAAGUUAUAACCUAAUCUAAGUACACAGCAAAUUUGUGCUUUCAAAGAAACUCAUCUUUAAAAACCUCAUACUCAUAUACCACCGCAAACGCUCCUUAAAAAAAUGGAUGGUCAACGUGCUCGAGAUAUUCUUACGCUGCUGCAAGAACGCGUCGUUUUUCUUACUGGCGGACGCGACCGUCGUGGUGGUCCCCUACUUUGUUUUCCAGCAACACCACGCCGGGAUCGAUUAAAACCAGAAGACCUUCGACGGUUGCUAAGUUACCUAAUUAUGAUUCCGAGCGAUUCAGCUAAGAAUCUUGGGUUUACAGUCAUAAUUGAUAUGCGCGGUAAUGGCAAUUGUGCUGCUAAUGUGAAAACAAUACUGAAAGUAAUGCAAGAACACUUCAGCGCCAAUAUACAUAAUGUUGUUAUUAUAAAACCAGAUAAUUUUUGGCAGAAACAGCGGGCAUCUAUUUCUUCACACAAAUAUAAGUUUGAAACAUCAACCAUUUCUAUUGAAACUUUAAAUAAAGUGGCUGAAGCUAAUCAACUGACUUCGGAUUUCGAAGGCACGCAAGUUUACGAUCAUCAACAGUGGACUGAAGCGAGACUGGCCAUAGAAGAUUUUUUUUGGCAAGCUAGUGAUUUGGCCGAUCGCAUCGAUGAUUUGCAGGAAGAUUUGCAGCGCAACGAUUUUGCUGAAGAUGUAAAUGGUGCUCGCCACGCCUUGGAUCAUCAUAAUGAAAUGAAGAAAAAGAUUCUAAAGCUACCUGUUGAGGAUUUAGAUUUGCAGGGUAAAAAACUGCUAUCAAAAAUAAACUUUGGUGUUGGGUGCAGUGGUGGUCCGAGCAAUGCUAGUGGAACUGAGUGCGGUAGUCAUGAUUCAGCAACGUCAACCCAAACACAAAACUCUUCACCGGGUUUUCGAGUGGCUACCAACAAUCCCGAUAUGUCGGCUGCCAUUAACAAGGCUCUUCGUCAAACGGAUCUAAUCCAUUCUGGCCAGCAGCGUUUACUUAAUUUAUGGCAGCAUAAAAAAUCGAAGCUGGAUCAAUGUUUUCAAUGGCGACUAUUCGAACAGGACUGCGAAAAAAUGUUUGAUUGGAUUUUGCACAACAGAGAUGUAUUUCAAAUGUCUUACGUAGAGAUUGGGCAUAACUAUUCUGUAGCAAAAUCUUUACAAGAUGAACAUCAAAAAUUUGCGGUAGCUUCAAUGAAUGUUUCUGUCAAUAUUGAUCGCAUAUUAGCAGUGGCGUCUCGACUUAUUGAAAGUCAACAUUAUGCGGCGCAAAACAUCAAAACUCUCGCAACGCGUUUAGAUCGUACUUGGAAGGACUUUGCUGCAGGCUUGGACGAAAGGACGGCUGUAUUACAGUUAAGCGUGUUAUUUCACCACAAAGCGGAGCAGUAUUGUAACAGUGUGUCUUCCUGGGCAGCAGCGUGUCAAGCAUCCCAACCCUUGCCAUCGGACAUUCAGAGCUUGGAAACAGCAAUACGAACUCAUCAAUCUCUAUACGAAGCUAUGUGUCAAGCAUAUACUGAAGUGCAUUCAACAAGUAAAAAACUAUUAUAUCAAUUAGAUCAUUUGGUACAGGUCUGCAAUCAACCUCCACCACCCGGAAUGCCAGACCAUCGCAAGAAUAGUAGCUUCAACAAAUAUGAACGUCAAAAUCCAGCGGCUGACUACAGCGAGGGGGCAUCUCAUGUUUUAGCAGUUAUCCAUCAAAUUCUGGGCCAUCAUCGUUCUCUAGAGGCUAAAUGGCAUCAAGAAAAAAUUCGUUUGCACCAGACUUUAGCGCUAAGGCUCUUUCAAGAAGAUGUCAAGCAAGUUCUAGAUUGGCUUAAAAACCACGGCGAAGUGUUUGUGCGCAAAAACACAGGUAUUGGCCGAAAUCUUCAAAAAGCACGCGUUUAUCAAAAAUCGCACGAACACUUUGAAAAUGUAGCCCAAAAUACGUACAGUAACGCGGAGAAGUUACUGGCUGCUGCAGAUGAAUUAGCCCGCAGUGGAGAAGCUGACCCCAACGAAAUUUAUUCAGUCGCUCACGAACUUGAAAUACAGGUUGCAAACUUUGCUAAGCGAGUCGAACAAAGAAGACGGCGACUUGAUAUCGCGGUGAUUUUCUACACCCAUGAGAAAGAAGUUAUAUCAUGGAUAGAUCAAUUACGAGCAGAUGUUUCAACGGAUGAGACGAUGUUAUCACAAGAGAAUCUUGAAGGAAUUGAACGUUUACUACAACAGUACAGGGAGCAGCAAGAUAGCACUAUAAAGGGCUGUAUGCAAACUAUAGCGCAAGGAGAAGCAUUGCUGCAAGAAAUGCGUGCACUGGAAUACUCUGAUAAUACUGGUUCAAUAUCAGCAUUGGAAACAACUCUCGAAAAACUAUCAAAGCAAAAAGUAGAAUUGGAGGAAUUAUGGACUGCACGCAAAUUUCGUGCUGAGCUAAUACUGCGAUUGCGUUAUUUUGAGCGCGAUGCAAUGGAAUUGUCCUCGCAAUUAGAAAUUUGGUCGGAAGAAUUGCAACAUGCUGAUCUUUCGCGCGAUUAUCAAAAAGCAGAACAAUUGAUACGAAUGCACAACGAAUCAGUCAGUGACAUACAAAAUGCUACUUAUGAGGUACUCGAACAAGGGCAGGAGUUGUUGCAAAUUUUUGAAUCUGCCGGUUUUAUAUCGAUGGCUGACGCUACGCACACUGCUCAAGCUCGUAUAGAGUAUUUAUUAAACUUUUUGCGUGAGCGCGAAAUAGACCUGGAGGAACUAUCAGAAGCAAAACGCGCUAAACUGGAACAAGCAGUUCAGCUUUGCCAAUUUCAAAAUGAUGCAAAUCAAGUUAUAUCGUGGAUUCGCAACGGGGAAGCCAUGUUGGUAGCCAGUUUUGUUACUCCGAAUAGUUUACAGGAAGCCGAGCAGCUACGCAAAGAGCAUGAACAAUUUCAGGUGGCCAUCGAAAAAACCCAUACAUCUGCAGUUCAGGUAAAAUAUCGAGCUGACGCUCUUAUAAAUGCCAAUCACUAUGAUCCGCAAUCCAUACGCGAAAUAUCCGAUGAUGUAACAAAAAAAUGGCAGCAAUUGGUUACUUAUGCUGAAGAGCGCCAUAAGCUUGUAACAGCGUCCAUCAAUUUCUAUAAAACAGCUGAACAGGUCUGUUCAGUUUUAGACAGUUUGGAAAGGGAAUAUCGACGGGAGGAUGAUUGGUGUGGUGGAGGUGGGUCUAGUGAUAAGGCUCAAACCAUUGUUCAGCUUAUUUCCAAACAUCAAGAGCAAAAGGAAGCUUUCCUUAAAGCGUGUACCUUAGCUCGGCGUACAGCGGAAACGUUCCUUAAGUACGCAAAUCGUUCUCAACAAUACUACAAAUAUCAAUCUCAAGGCAAUUGCGAAAACAGAGUGAAAGCAAUAUUAGAUAAAUUAUUAACACAAGAGAACCAAGUUUUAGAAUUUUGGACACAACGAAAAAAAUCGCUCGACCAGUGCCAGCAGUUCGUACUUUUUGAGCGUAGUGCGAAACAAGCUAUCGAAUGGAUACAUAAUACAGGGGAAGCAUAUCUCUCAUCGCGUUCCAAUUUGAUUGGGAAAACGCGUGAAGAGACAGAAAAUUUGCUUAAGGAACACAACGAAUUUAGAGGCACUGCUAAAGAGACACGAGAACGUGUUAAAUUACUUAUACAGUUGGCAGAUAGCUUAGUAGAAAAAGGACAUGCUCAUGCUAGCUCUAUUAAACAAUGGGUGGCAUCUGUGGAUCAAAGAUAUAAGGCCUUCAGUAAUCGUAUGGACUCAUAUCGCGGGCAACUUGAAAAAUCCCUAGGUAUGUCAACGAUGCCUGCAGAUCCUGAUCCUAAUACUUCAAUCAGUUCCGUUUCAGGCUCGUCAACUGAUCGACAUUCCGAUCCCUCGCUAGAGGCUAAAUUAACUACGUCCACUACAGCUGUUUCAAAGGAAAUCAAUGAAGAGAAACGAAAAUCUGCCCGUAGAAAAGAAUUUAUUAUGGCCGAGUUAAUGCAAACGGAAAGAACUUAUGUAAAAGAUUUGGAGAUUUGCAUAAAGAAUUUUUUAGAGGAAUUCCGUACGGGACAUGGUGUACCAUCGACCCUUAUUGGCAAAGAGGAUAUUAUAUUUGGUAAUAUACGGGAAAUUCACAAUUUCCAUCAGAAAAUCUUUUUACGCGAAUUAGAGAAAUAUGAAACAAUGCCAGAGGAUGUUGGCCAUUGUUUUGUUACUUGGGCAUCAAAAUUUGAUAUGUACGUCAUCUACUGUAAAAAUAAACCAACUUCCAACAAUUUAUUAGUACAACAUGCUGGCACUUACUUUGAAGAAUUGCAACACAAACACAAAGUGGAGCAUCCUCUACCUGCCUUCCUAAUUAAGCCAGUGCAGAGAAUUACUAAAUACCAGCUGCUUUUAAAGGACUUACUCUCUUGCUGUGAAGAAGGUCAUGGUGAAAUAAAAGAAGGCCUCGAAGUUAUGCUAAACGUACCCAAAAAAGCUAACGAUGCGAUGCAUCUAUCUCUACUUGAAAACUGUGAUAUUACAACAGACAGUUUAGGUGAAGUAGUAUUGCAAGACGCAUUCCAAGUUUGGGAUACAAAACAAAUAAUAAGAAAAGGCCGAGAACGUCGUGUAUUCUUGUUCGAACUCUAUUUACUAUUUGCGAAAGAAGUCAAGGAUUCAAAUGGCUCCGUUAAAUAUCAGUAUAAAAACAAGCUUAUGACUACUGACCUUGGGAUUACUGAGCAUAUUGAGGGCGAUGAAACGAAAUUUGCUGUUUGGACUGGACGCUCACCUAUGCUAUCCGACUGUCGGAUUGUACUUAAAGCUAAUAGUUUAGACACUAAACAAGUUUGGGCGAAGAAACUGCGAGAAGUUAUGCAGGAGACAUGUUUCUCGGGUACGUCUCUAACACUUCCAAAGUCUCCUGCGAAAAAUUCAUCGUCAUCUCAACGUUCCUCUCGUGAUCUGGACGACCCCUUGACAGAAAACGAUCACGAUCGAUGUUCUUUAGCUAGUUUUGGGUCUGGCAAUACCACCGAUAGUGAUAACAAGGUUGGCACGUAUGAGGCAACUUGGGUAAUUUCCGAUUAUAUUGCUUUAGCUGGCUCGAAUAAGCUCACUGUUACCAAAGGACAACAAGUUGAAAUUGUUGAAGCGCCGACAUCUGCUGAACCUGAUUUUUGUUUAGUACGCCUCAAUCCUCCAAACGACGAUGGUGUCGUACAAGAAGGCUUUGUUCCUAUUUCUAUAUUGAAGCCAUCGCCGGUCGCCCAGAAGGCUACAUUCGCACGCAAAGAGAAAUGUGAUAGUGGAGAACAAUCGAACAGUCGCGGCAAAUCCGAUCCUUUGACGUCUUCUACCAAGCGAAGGGGACUUGGAGGACGCAAGUGGUUGCCGCAAAUCGGUCGAAAACCAACGCAACAUAAAAUAGAGAAGCCUCCAGAGAAAGCUUUAACUAAAAAAUUAUCGGAGAAGAACUUUAAAUUACCUGCAAAACAAACCGAUGACAAUAGCAUGAUUGCAAGCACGUCGCCAAUGUCCUCAACUGCAAUCUCCCAACUGAAUACAUCACAGCAAGAGUUGGAACUAGAUGAAGAGGUCGGUCUUGAGUUACCUCCACCAAUGAAGCCUAUACAGGAGCCACAUAUAAUCGCUAACGGUCCACCAGCUUUCACUAAAGAUACAAAAGACAAUCCAACAGCAUUGGCCAAUGCUGGCAAGAUGAACGGCCUCUCUGAAAUAGAACAAAUUGUUAAAGAGAAGACAGAAAAGCAUGAGGAAAAAUCAAAAAUAUUGAGCGGAAGUAGUAGCCGUUUGGGAAAUGCGGCAUGCGGCGGUAACAGUACGGGUAUGGAGACAUGUAGCAAUGCAGAUCUAGUCUAUCCGAACAAUGAGAACAAUACAUCAAAAAAUAGUGGAGAAAAUAGCUACAUGAAAUCUAGUGAAAUUGAAUCAACGCAUAAAUGUCGACUUCCCGCUCUUACGGAGCUAAUAUCCACAGAAGAAUUGUACAUUAAAGAUUUGGGUGAUAUUGUCAACGGGUAUAUAGCUGAAUUAAGAAACGCGAACAGUGAUAUAAUAAUGCCAAAUGACUUAAAAAGUCCUAAAUGGUUAAUUGUCUUUGCUAAUAUUGAAGCCAUUUAUGAGUGGCAUCGAGACUCCUUCUUGAAGCUCUUACUACAAUGUCAGAAAAGUCCAGGCGACUUAGGCUCGAUGAUCAAACAUUAUGAACAUAAAUUCCAAAUGUAUAUUACUUAUUGCAAUAAUAAGCCGAAAUCCGAGCACAUAGUUACCGAACAUGUUCAGUAUUUUGAUCAAGUGAGGCAAAAGUUAGGUCAUCGUUUAGAUUUAAGUGAUUUACUCAUAAAACCAGUGCAACGUCUAACCAAAUACGUUCUCCUAUUGAAUACCAUCACCAAACAAAUCGAACAGGCCGGGAUGGUCGAAGAGGUGCCUAGCAUGAAGGAAGCCUGCAAUGUAAUGAAUGCAAUAUGUAAAAACGUUAAUGACACUAUGGUUCUACAAAGGCUCAAAAAUUUUGACGGUAAAAUAACUGCUCAAGGUAAACUACUGUUGCAUGGCUCAUUAACGUGCAUUGAAAAUGCCAGGAAUGCCACCGAAAGAAAAAUGCGCGAAAUGCAUGUUUUUAUUUUCGAGCAAAGCAUACUAUUCACUGAGAAGCACAAUUCAAAAAUUCAAUUUUCCAGUCCAACUUACGUUUAUAAGAGUCACAUCCAGGUUAACAAAAUGCAGUUGGAAGAGUUACCUAACAAUCGUUUUUUACUUAAGUCAACAGAUCCCAACCGUCCAGACUUAAACAUGAUUUGUCACGCAUCGACAAUAGAAACUUAUCGCGAAUGGUUGGAUACAAUACGCAAACAAUUGCAAAUUCAGCACGAUUUCCUUAACGCACUUACUCGGCCGAUUGCGUAUCAGCAGCAACAGCAGGCAAAAGGAAAACAACAUAGUGACAUGAAACACGAACUUAAUAGAGAGUAGUUGUGAAAAUGCGCACACUAUUAAUUAUCAUUAUUUUUAUUUAUGCUCUUUCUUUGUUAUGAUUUUACUUUUCUUUUUUUUUUCCUUUUCGUAUUAUGUAACUACUUAUUGAACUUUUUUUUUUUUCUAUGCAAUUAGCUCGUAUAUUGACGAUGACAAUUAAGAUUUUUUUUUUUUUUUUUUUUUUUAAUUCGUUCGCUUAACUGGAAAACAAAAACCAGAAAAGAAUUAUUAUUAUAAUAAGUUAGAAAUUGAUAAGUAAACGAUAACAACA